AUGACAGCGGCAAGUAAUGGUAGCGCAACGAAUACAACCGUGGUAGCAGCGCUUUCCCAUCAAGCGCAAUACUGUGGACCAUAUAAAAUUGAAAAAACACUUGGAAAAGGUCAAACGGGUCUUGUAAAGACGGGAACACAUUGUAUCACUGGUCGCAAAGUUGCUGUAAAAAUUGUUAAUAAAGAGAAACUUAGUGAAUCAGUUCUUCAAAAGGUGGAACGCGAAAUUGCAAUAAUGAAAUUAAUUGAACAUCCAAAUGUGCUUCAUCUUUAUGAUGUAUAUGAAAACAAGAAAUAUUUGUAUUUACUGCUAGAACAUGUUAGUGGUGGUGAAUUAUUUGAUUAUCUAGUCCGAAAAGGUCGCUUAAUGGCCAAAGAAGCACGGAAAUUUUUUCGGCAAAUUAUUUCGGCUCUGGAUUUCUGUCACGCUCACAAUAUAUGUCAUCGAGAUCUAAAGCCUGAAAAUUUGCUUUUGGAUGAUAGAAAUAAUAUUAAGGUUGCCGAUUUUGGGAUGGCAUCUUUGCAAGUUGAAGGUUCAAUGCUUGAAACAAGUUGUGGGUCUCCACAUUAUGCUUGUCCGGAAGUUAUACGGGGAGAAAAAUACGAUGGUCGAAAAGCUGAUGUUUGGUCCUGUGGUGUUAUUUUAUAUGCUUUAUUAGUUGGUGCUUUGCCUUUUGACGAUGAUAAUCUGCGUAACUUGCUAGAAAAAGUUAAGAAGGGCGUUUUCCAUAUCCCUCAUUUCGUUCCAGCUGAUUGCCAAAAUCUUCUCAGGACUAUGAUCGAAGUUGAUCCACAAAAACGGCUUUCCUUGAACGAAGUAUUCAAGCACCCAUGGGUUGCUGAUAGUUCGAAAGCUGAACUCGAACUUGAACUGCCGAUGGCGCAAGUUGUACAGACCUAUGUAAUUCCAAGUGAAGAAAAUAUUGAUUCGGAUGUUUUUCGACAUAUGACUAAUUUGGGAUGCUUCAAGGAUAAAGAAAAAUUGAUUCGAGAAUUGCUGUCUCCAAGACAUAACACGGAGAAAAUGGUUUAUUUCCUGUUGUUAGAUCGAAAAAGGCGCAGGCCUGCACAUGAAGAUGAAACCGAGGUUGUUCUCCGUGGUUCCAAUCUUACUUAUGAUCCACCACGGAAACGUACCGAUUCUUCGAGACCUUCUAGAUAUCCAUUUGGUUCAAUCAGUGAAGGAUCUCCGAUCAAUCCUCGGAAAACAUACGGGCGAUACAGCAGAGGUAGACAUUGCUCACUUGGUGGAUUACCAAAUGGUUCUGCACGCUCAUCACCACUUGAGUCGAUCAGCGGUAAUAUUGCUUCUCUAACGCCAUCUUCACGACAAAUCUGUAAUGCUGCUUCACAAGCUGAAGAACAUGGAAGGAUUUCGGCGCGUGUCAGUAAUUAUCACUAUUAUACUCAGCCAGUUGAUCCAGAGGCAUUAGCUGCUGCGGCAAGACGAGUGUGCAGUAGUAUCGAUGACAAGCAUCUCCAGAGGAAUCCUCGACGUUCACAUGCUGAUUCAAAUAUGAUGCCGGAAACAAGAAUGAGUUCAAGUUCGAGUAUAGGUUCUGCAAACACAUCCACAAACAGUUUAAGUAGCACAAUUAGUACAUCGAGACCAUGGCGACGGUUAUCGAAUAUCAAAAAUUCUCUAUUAGGAACACCACGAUUUCAUCGUAGGAAAUUGAGUAGUGGAAGUAGCGGAACUGGAGAGAGUGAUUCUGAAGAAAAUCAAAUGUUGGAAUCCUCCGAUCUGGUGAAAAAAUCAUGGUUUGGAUCGCUUGCAUCAAGCGUAAGUGUUGAACGAAAUGAUGUUCAAAUAAUACCGGCCCAUGGGAAGACAGUGAAUGCUAUUAAAGCCGAACUUAUACGUGCUUUUCUAACGAUUCAUGAACUUAGCCACUCUGUUGUUGGUCAAAAUUCAUUUCGUGUUGAGUACAAGCGUGGACCAACUGUUGGUGGUAGUGUUUUUUCGAGGGGUGUAAAAAUGCAGGUAGAUAUUGUCCAAGCAGCUCACAGAACAACGUCAAGUGAAGAAGCUCCAAUGUAUGUAGUUCAGUUUGCACUUCUUGCUGGUCCAGUGAGACGAUUCAGGAGACUUGUUGACCAUCUGACAGCUAUUUUGCAAGCAUCUCAACAAAGAUCUGAUAGAAGCAUAGCACUGAUGGUGCGUCCCAGGAGGCUUUCUGAUUCAAGUGUUAGUAGCGCCUGUUCUGAUUCAGAUUGUAAUACAACUACAACCAUUCCACACGUUAGAAGUCAGACUGCGGAAAGAGUUGAGACAAAUUCCACGCUCGAUACAUACACUUUGCGCUCAGCAGGUGAUAUACGACAUGCACAAUCAUCCAGCAAUGAUUUAACUUAUCAAAGAUCUCGAAGAAACCUCUUGGCAGCUUAUUUGAAGUCGCCGGUGCCGCGUAGGCGAAAUCCAUCAUUGAUACUGAAUGAAAGUGGAACCCAUGUGAUGACGGGAUCGAGAUCUACUGGUGAAAAAACACGCAAAGGAUCGUCCGGUGCAGAAGCUCCAACUGCAGGAGAGGAGUCAACUCGAAUUACGCUAGCAUGCAGUGCUUCUGCUGAUAAGCGUUCACCUUCAAGUGCGCGUAACAUCGAAAGCCGAUCUCAACUCGGUACAUCCAAACAGCCGCUGACACCAUCAUGUCGACAGCGAAGUUCCCAAAUUCCUAUUCUUAAGUCUGAUAACCUUUGA